GAGUAUUACUAGAGGUGGGGAGGUAUUCGCUCGUUGCUUCACGUUCAAAAAGGUAAACUAGUAAGAGAUGUGAUGGAUUGCUGAUGGCUUUCUCUCACCUCCAUCAUCUUAUUCCACACGGAGAAGCAGGUGCUGUCGGUCCUGCAGCCUCCUCCAUCCUUUCCUUUCCACGUCUCUCUCCACGCGCCGCGCCUCUCCUUCCAACCACCGGAUUCUACGUGCGGUAGUCAGAAGAAAGGCAGAUGAUGAUAAAGGAAACGCGGAGCAGCUUGUUAUCGCCCCGCGUGCUGACGCCGAAGUGCUUGUGAUACCGGCACUGCAUUUAAGCGCAGAUGACUUGAACCGGCCACUACACGCGAGGUGGAAACUACAGCCCUUGUUCCCUCCAGAGAUCAUUCUUGCAAACCAUGGCUGACCAGUACAGUAUGUUUCUCACCACGGCACCCCCCCUCCGACGCGGAAGCACACCCCUUCCCGUCAAGCACCAGCUGCGGAGAGAAGAGGCUGUAUCCGAGGACUGUGAUUGGAUCCCGGGAUUGGAGGAACCUGCCACGUUGCCUAUCAGUGACACAUUGCCUCGUGAUGAAUCGUUCAGUCAAACGUCAGCACCCCAGUCAACCUACCACAGUCAUGGAGGGGCACUGAAGAUUGUGCUACUGGGACAGAAUGGCGUGGGCAAGUCUUCACUGGCCUUGUCACUGGCCGGCCAGUCGGACAGAUCCCUGUCUGUAGACUCUGAGACCCAAGCAUGUGGUGAGGGCUACGAGUGUACAGUCACAGUUGACGACGAGGACAGUAAAGUCAUCAUUUUUGACAAUUGGAAACAGGACCUCUCCACUCUACAGUGUGAUGUGUGUAUCCUGGUCUUCUCCGUGACUGACAGGCGAAGUUUCCAUCGCACCGCACAGCUCCGUCUUCUCCUCAGGGAGUCGCAGGCUCACACGCCAAUCAUCCUGGUGGGCAACAAGAGCGACCUUGUUCGCUCUCGUGAAAUCAGUGCUGAGGAGGCCCAAUCCAGCGCCAUGAUGUUCGACUGCCACUACCUGGAGCUCUCGGCCUCCCUGGAACACGGCACCAAUGAGCUGCUUGAGGCGGCCGUACGAGCUGCAAGGGGCGACUGUGUUGGCCCCAACUGGGCUGACGGUGACCCCAGUUCAGGCCGCAGGGAAAGUCUGACCAGUCGGGCCAAGCGCUUUCUGGCAGGGCUGGUGCCACGCUCCUACGGACGAGAGCGUGACAGGGGACGCUACCGAGAGAUGAGCCGCCACCGAGGCAGCAAGAUCCUUCGCCAGAAGUCUCGCUCCUGCCACGACCUCAGCGCACUGUGACAUACAUCCAUGCAUACAGGCUCAAGACACACUCCCACACAUGUACACACACCAGAAAUGCCAGAUGGGGAGGUGUGAAAUAUCAAAGGGAAGACGAGAAAUAGGAGCAGGAAUGUCAGGGAGAUAGAGAAGGCACAAAUGCUGAGCACAUGCAUUCUCAGGUCCAGGCUGAGGGGUCCCACAUGCCGCAGGUCCUGCCAUUUGGACAUAAAGCAUUGGAUUUAAAGGGGUACUGAUGAAAAAAAAUACCCCAAAUGGUACACAGCUGGCUGAAUAGAUUUUACGGACGGACGUAACCUUGAACCAUCGUACACAAAACCCAAAUCAGAAACUGUUGCAACAGUAUUGCAAACAAUAAUUGCUAUUUACUUUUGACUUUUAUUACACAGACAACAAUAACAUACCACAUUUCAUGGUUCACCGCAACAUUUCACCGAGUUUUCGUUUUUAAGAUUAAUUUAUUUCUUUUUAUUCAGAUUACUGCAAUAGCCUAUAUUUUACAAAGAGCAUGUAUUUGCAAAUGUUCAGGGAUUGAAGACAAGUUACAAAGUAGUUCAAGUGUGAAUACGUUUUGUUCUUUUCUUCAGGAGCGCAGCCAUACAGGGUCGUUACAGUAUUUACAAAACAGGAAUUCAUAUUGUUUCGACAGUAGAUCGAAAAAAAAACACUUCUGUCCCAACUUUUUCUGAUUUGCGGAUCAACCGAGGAUGGCAUUACAUUACCAACCGAUAAGUUGCUGAGCUCGGAUCAGCACAUGCUCUAACCUGAUGGGAGGUGCAGAAAGGACAAAAAAAAAGGACAGAAAGACGGAUGGAGGGGGUGGAUGUCACAAAUAGACACACACUCAAGUAGCACUCACUGAUUACGUAGACUGAUAGCAACCUAAUGUAAACAUUUUAUGGAUCCUGUUUUAUAGCAUGCUCAGUAGACAGCUGGCCCUCUAGGUUAAUGGAUUUACUGUACCUCGCUGGCCAAUAGGUAAGGCACAAUCUAGCUAGCAAAACCAUCGCAAAGGCAAGACCCUUUAUUACCCGUCAAUGUGUUUGUAUCCCUCUCUACAUCCUCUGUUUCUGUUCCAAUACCGAGUUGAAAAAGUGUUAAUCCUCGUCAGGCACAACAUGUUACAUUCAUCUGUCAUUGUUGCCCAAGCCAUAUGCUUGCUGAUUGGCCCAUAAGCAAUCAGCACAGAGAACCCUUUACUGCAGGAAGUGGAGUCACGAGUGGAGGCAAAAAAAAAAAAAAAAAAAAAAAAGGUUAAAAGGGUUUAGGAAAUAAAUAAAACUGAACUUUCAGUCAAGCGUGACACAAAACGUUUAGCCUGAUCGUAGACAUUGACGAAAAAAAUGAUCAAACCUCAACUACCUGUGGAUGUUUGAUUAUUUUCGUGUUUCUCUCUCCAUUCACUGGCAUUAUUAUUGUCUAUACUCAGACUGUAUGCUGUGGGGGGCCUCCACGCAGGUGAGCCAGACAAGGAAGUUCUGGAUACGAUAUCUCGCGUGAGGUGCCGUCACCGACACAGGCCCACUUGUUUGUCACUUGUCUUUCCACUGAUAAUAAACUUUUGUUCGACGUCCUAAUG